AUGCAUCCUUCUGGAAAAAGCCUCUGUGCGGUUCUUGCUAUCAUAUUUCUAGUCCUUUUUUGGCUGAGGUCCCCGAUCACAGUUACUCUCACUAUCUUUUCUUUCCCAGUCAUGUGGAAUUUGAGGGCAUCUUCGUUUCUCAUCUCUCGACAGCUCGAUGGCUUCGGCCUCGCCUUGGCCAAUUUCUCAGCCAGACAGGUGACUUCUCUUCCAGAUUAUCCUGACCUCGUACCCCCAGUCCUGAUCGCGUUUCUCUGGGUUAUUAUCCAGCCUCCGAACAAGCAGACUGGCCAACGGCGAGAGACAAUUGUCUGGCCGGCAGCAUUUGUGAAUGAUCGGUUCUCACUGUUGAAGGGUUUGUGGGACGGAUACAAGUAUCCGAUCCGAGAAAACCACGGUGUGGUCCUGAACAAGGAUCUCGACUACAGGCGCUCAUUUGGCCCACUGCGCGGCUCCAAUUUCGCUGCGCCAGCAGCCCAUCCGGUUGAGUUUUCCAACGGAUUUGUGAUAGCUAGUAAGUGCCAUCCCUUUCUUGGAGAGUUAGUACGCAAUCUGGCUGUGUACUACUGGAGAUGGUUUGGAUUACCAUAUCCGACUGCUAUGUUUAGUGGCGGGUUCCAUUAUGCCUUGACUAUCCGUGCACUCCGAAAGGGACUUCACAUCCUUUCGGGGAUAAAAGAAAAUCCCAACUUGCACACUCUAAACGGCGAUGUUAUGGCGCCUUUAUUUCAUCAUCUCGGCGCAUCAUUAUGGCAUUCUUUUGACGCAUUUUUGAUUGUUUCUGUAGGGAAGCCUGGAUCUCGUCUAUUAUGA